UGAAGAUGGCGGGUCUGGAGACGGGGAAGAAGCUGUUCGCUAUAAACGGAGACCUGGUGUUCCUCCGGCCGUUCUCCGAGGUGGAGAUCCUCCUGCAGCGGUGCUUUCACAGCAGGGGGCCCCUCAGGGUCUUAGUGAGCACCAAGCCUCGAGAGACGGUGAAGAUCCCGGACUCGGCCGAUGGUCUGGGUUUCCAGAUCCGAGGCUUCGGCCCGUCAGUGGUGCACGCCGUCGGCAGAGGUACAGUAGCAGCUGUUGCCGGCCUCCACCCCGGUCAGUGUAUCAUCAAAGUGAACGGCAUCAAUGUGAGUAAAGAAAGCCACGCCAGCGUCAUCGCUCACGUCACCGCCUGCAGGAAGUACCGCAGACCCACACAGCAAGAGGCCAUAAAGUGGGUUUACAACAACAGUGAGAGCGCUCAGGAGGAGAACCAGAAACCAGGCCAGAGAGCUGAGGAGAGUGGAGAGGGAUUCCAGUGCAAAGUGGAAGAGGUGAUGGAUAAGUUCAACACGAUAGCGAUUAUUGACGGGAAGAAGGACCACGUGAGUCUGACGGUGGACAACGUGCAGCUGGAGUACGGAGUGAUGUACGAGUACGACAGCACGGCCGGGAUAAAGUGCCACGUUCUGGAGAAGAUGGUGGAGCCAAAAGGCUUCUUCAGCCUCACUGCCAAGUUUGCUCGGGUGCUGAAGAACCGGGCCUGGCCCACCUUCAAACAGGCCAAAGCCAAGGUGUCUCCGCUCCACAGCAGCGACUUCUGCCCCACCAACUGCCACAUCAACGUGAUGGAGGUCUCGUACCCCAAGACCUCCGGCUGUCUGGGCAGUGCCUUCGGGGUGCAGCUGGACAGCAGGAAGAGCACUCUGGAGAGGGGGGGCCGCGCUGAGCAGGGUAAGAUGACCCCCCAGGUGAAGGUGCAGCACUCCAUCCUCAGCAUGGCGGCUCCUUCGGGUCACAGUUUGGGACGAACGGAGGGUCACGGCCUGCGUUUCCUGCUGAGAGAAGAAGACCUGCUGACGCUGGACAACUACCAGAAGCUUCUGAACAAACUCUCUGCGGGGGUGAAGGAGAUGGAGACGCACGGAGGACAUAUUCAUGAGUGA